AUGGGAGGAAGGGAGGUAGGGAGGACGCUUGGGGGAGAAGCAGAAGGGAGGGGAGGAAGAGAGGCUGGGGAGGAGGGUGGGGAGGAGGGUGGGGAGGAGGGUGGGGAGGAGGGUGGGGAGGAGGGUGAGGAGGAGGGUGGGGAGGAGGGUGGGGAGGAGGGUGGGGAGGAGGGUGGGGAGGAGGGUGGGGAAGAGGGUGGGGAGGAGGGUGGGGAGGAGGGUGGGGAGGAGGGUGGGGAGGAGGCUGGGGAGGAGGCUGGGGAGGAGGCUGGGGUGGGGCGGAAUGGGGUGGGCCAGAAAGGGAUGAGGGAUGGGGAGAUGAGGGAUGAGGAGAUGAGGGAUGGGGAGGUGUGGGAUGGGGAGGAGAGGGCUGGGGAGGAGAGGGAUGGGGAGGUGAGGGAUGAGGAGGUGAGGGAUGGGGAGAUGAGGGAAGGGGAGAUGAGGAAUGGGGAGAUGAGGAAUGGGGAGAUGAGGGAAGGGGUAAUGAAUGAACGUGUAUGCGACGGAAGGGUGCUGCUGACCACGCACCCUCCCACACCCCACGCGAUGGGAAGGGAUGAGAGGGUGGGCGGCAUGGGUAGAGAAGCGAUGGUGAAUAGGGGGAACGUGAUGGGCAGGGGAGUGAUGACGACGUGGAGAGAGGAGGAGAGAAGGGAGGUCGGCGGGAAGGCUAAGCGAGGACGAUGGGAGGGCAAGCGUGGGCGACAGUGGCGGUGGGCGACGGUGGCGGUGGGCGACGGUGGCGGUGGGCGACGGUGGGGAGAAGCGUGGGCGACGGUGGGGGGAAGCGUGGGCGACAGUGGGGGGAAGCGUGGGCGACGGUGGGGGGAAGCGUGGGCGACGGUGGGGGGAAGCGUGGGUGACGGUGGGGGGAAGCGUGGGCUACGGUGGGGGGAAGCGGGGGCGACGGUGGGGGGAAGCGUGGGCGACGGUGGAGGGAAGCGUGGGCGACGGUGGGGGGAAGCGUGGGUGACGGUGGGGGGAAGCGUGGACGACGGUGGGGGGAAGCGUUGGCGACGGUGGGGAAAGCGUGGGUGA